AUGCCCGUUGAUAAAUCCGGAGAAGAAAUUUCACCUGUCGUCAGCUUGGACGACCUUAAGGUCGGCCAACGAGUUCUUUACCAUCCAGUCGGAGGUUCUCAACAGACUACCGAAGGCGUUAUCAAGGAAAUUAUUACCGAACCUGAAGUUGCGGGUCAUAGGCAAGUUCAAGUGAAAGCGUCUGAAACUGAUCCAAGGAUCUUGAUUGAGAAUUCAAACACCCAUAAAGAAACAGGCAAGGAUAUAAUUUAA